AUGGCUCCCAUUCGCAAGUCAACGAUGGCGAAAACUGCCUCGGGCAGAGGUGCGAUAGCCAAACCCAAUAUCUUUGGUGACGAGUUUCGCACAAGCAAGAGGGACAAGCGUCAAAUCAAGCAUGCGGCCCUCGUAUCUAAGAUCGAGAAAAACUCUCAGAAGACCCCUAAGCGUCGACGAGCAUCCAAGAAACUUGUUGCAAACCUCGAGUCAUUGGCCGAUGCCCUCCCAGAGGCUGAGGAGUCCAACGAUGCCGCCAGUCAAGUGAAUGUGAUCAAGCAGAAGACCCUGAGACACAAGCCGGGUGCCAUGAAGCGCCGAGAAAAGCUCGAGAGAUUGGAACGGGAUCGCUUUAACAAGAACAUGACUGAAAUGUCCACCAUCACAUCAACCCCAGCUACCACCAGUGGCGAGGCAAACACGGAGGCGAACCCGACGGCCGGUCGAUGGUCAGCGCUCCGUAAUUUCAUCUCGCAAACGAUGGAACAGCAGCCUGUUUUCAAGGCGAACAAAUGA